AUGACAGAUAACAAGUUUCAAAAUAUAAUAGAUACACUUGGUAUUGAUACUUUUGAAAAGAUUAGAUCUGCAAAGGUGUUGGUUGUUGGUGCCGGUGGAAUCGGAUGUGAACUUUUAAAGAAUCUUGUACUCUCUGGUUUCAGAGAUAUUCAUAUCAUUGAUUUAGAUACUAUUGAUCUAAGUAAUUUAAAUAGACAAUUCUUAUUUAGAAAACAUCAUAUCGGUAUGUCAAAAGCAAAGAUUGCUAGAGAAUCAGUAUUGAAAUAUUGUAAUAAUAGUGAUGAUAUAAAGAUUGUUGCACAUCACGCAGAUAUCAAGACACACGAAUUUGGACCGAAUUACUUUAAACAAUUCAACUUGGUGAUGAAUGCUCUCGACAAUCUUAGUGCAAGAAGACAUGUCAAUAGAAUUUGUUUGUCCGUAGAUAUUCCGUUGAUUGAGAGUGGUACAGCUGGAUUCCUUGGUCAGGUCAGUGUCAUUCGAAAGGGUGUGACCGAGUGCUUCGAGUGCAUUCCAAAGGUGCCACCCAAAGAGUUUGCUGUGUGUACUAUUCGUUCGAAUCCAUCGGCACCGAUUCACUGUAUCGUUUGGGCAAAGAUGUUGUUUGGUCGUCUGUUUGGACUGGCCGACGACUCGAAUGCCGUCACCGACAUGGACGACAACAUCGUCGAAGGCGACAAAGAUGACACUGACAAUGUGAUUCGUGAUGAACUACUCCCACUGGCCAAGCAAAAGAGUUAUGAACAAUGGGUAUUCCACAAGGUGUUCUACACUGACAUUGACAGACUCGCCAGAAUGACUGAACUCUGGAAGGAGAAGAAACCACCAAGACCACUUGUUUACGAUGAAUUGUUUUCACCUGAUGGACAACAAACAACCACAACAACCACUACAACUAGUAAUGGUAUUAACUCUUCUUCUGGAAGAGGACUUAAAGAUCAAGUUGUAAUGAGUUUCCAAGAGAAUAUCAAUAUGUUUGUUGAAUCCAUUAGAAAACUACAGGUUCAAAACGAGCAGAAUGGUGCGCUCACAUGGGAUAAAGAUGAUAAUCUUGCAUUGAACUUUGUAGUGUCUGCAUCAAACAUCAGAUCGCACAUCUUUAACAUUCCUUUGAAAUCGAAAUUCGACAUCAAAGCAAUGGCUGGUAAUAUCAUUCCCGCUAUUGCAACUACCAAUGCAAUCAUCAGUGGUCUUAUCGUUUUAGAAGCAUUCAAAGUAUUAAAUAAUGAAUUUGAUAAAUGUAAAUCAACAUAUCUAUUAAAACAACCAUCAGGUAAAAGAUUAUUAUUACCAAUUGAUCCAGAGAAACCGAAAUCAGAUUGUUAUGUUUGUUCUCAAAACUUUAUUACUUUGAAGAUCAAUACAAAGACAACGACACUCUCUCAACUAUUAAAUGAUGUUCUAAAAAAGAAUCUAUCAUUCCAUGAUCCAAUUCUAACUGUUGGUGCAAGUUUACUUUAUGAAGGUGGUGAUGAAGAUCUGAGUAAAGAGGAAAUCGAAGAGAGAAAUAAAUUGGAACAAAAGAUCAUUGCUGAUUAUAAGAUGCCAGAUAACACCAUCUUGAACGUAGAAGACUAUUUACAGAAUUUCAAAGUUUCAAUUUUAAUUAUUCAUUGUGAAACAUUUGAUGAAGAUGGUAAAUGGUUUGAUAUUUCAGGAAAACAAAAAGAUCAAUCUACAAACAAUAACAACAAUCAUGAUAGUAACAACAAUAAUAAUAACAAUACAGAAGACGACUUGGAUGAUCUCGAAAUCAUUGAGAAUCCAGUUGAUAUGCAAAUCGAUGCCUCAAGCGACAAAUCCACUGCCAAGCGUAAAGAAAUCGAAUCAGAAACAUCUGAUUCCACAAAGAAACAUAAACUGAACGAAAAUAAUGAACAAUAA